GACCAGCAAAGUAUUGAAGAAAUCAGGAAGGACAGAGAUGACUUUGCAGAGUGACACACUUAAAGGACCGAGCGCAAGCAGCAGUUCAACGGCAGAAUCAUCGGAGAGAAGUUUUCAAACAGAUGUAGAAAUAACAGGCAUGGACACAGCUUCUGUUGUUGAACCAAACAAUAUGACUGAUACUGGCUCUGCGGUCGACAUUGACGACAAAAAAACAAAGGCUGAGCACAAAGCUCAAGCACAAUCUGCCAUUGAUCCCAAACGCAAAAUAUUAACACGAAUUCCUGGUGGUCCCGAACAGGGUUUGCCUGACGAUCCUGGCGCAAGUACAGAAUGCGAACCUAUUCCUGGUCAUUCAGGUGCUUUCUCAACUACCCUCGACACACCAUCCUCUGUUCCACAGCAAAGACAGGAUAAUGUCAAGUCUACUAAAGCAGUCAAAGGUAAUAGUACAUACUUUGAAACAUUUCAAGAUGUACUCAACAGUUCCAUGGAAAGUGUAGACAUAGCUGAGGUUGGAGAACGACUGAAAAUGGAAUAUUCAGAACUUAAACCUGCGGUUAUUCCUGGUCACAUGAAAACGGAUGACGGUUCAUUGAAGAAAGUAUUUGUGGUAUAUUCUCCACACGUAUUGCACGCGAGCAAUCACGAAAAGGAAGGUAUAGGAUUAGUCAUGUUGAGAAACCCCUACAAAGUCGAUAACGAAGCCCGGACAGUGUCACAAAACAAAGGGAAAGAGUACACUAUCCCCAAAGAGGACAUGGAAAUGGCAAAACAAGUCAUUCAAUCACACAGCAAUACCCUAUGGUGUAACCAUAGCAACCUCAAUAUCAUCAGUGUUUCUUCUGUGCGGUCUAAACGUAAAGGAGCAGAACUGGAACAGUGUCUAUGCAUUGUGCUUUACUGUAGUACAAAAGGUGUUGUACCUAUCGGAGAAGAAGAGUUCCCUCGAAAGCUUGAUUCAAUUAGUAUCGAUGUACGGGAAGGCUAUUUUGAACUUGGAGUAUAUAAUACUUUCCCAAGCUCGUCUCGGCACAGUGAUCUGAAAAUGGGAUGCAACAUCGGGAAGAUUACAACGUCUAUUAAAAACGGCGGAGGAUCACUUGGUCCGUUUGUAAACUACAAUGAUAAGAUGAGUUUCCUAACAUGUGCCCAUGUGCUGUUUGAUGUUGAUCGCUACCCACAGAUUGAUUAUAGCUUCAAUAAACGCCCCCGCAUUGAUGUCGCCCAACCUUCUCCAGGUUCUUCAACUGCAAGUGGUGACAGUUGUGGAAUUGUGCAGAGGGCAAUUUUCAAGCCACAGUCGCCUACCAGCAUUGAUGUGGCUGUUGUGACCAUAUCUGAUCCAACUAGACAACCGGUUAAAGGAAGAUUUGCCAUGGAUCACACUUACAGAUUAAAAAAGGCGGGUAGGUACUCUAAGGUCACCAUGUAG